AUGCUGCUCCUCUCGACCAGCAAAUCUGGGGCUCACAUGAUAGGUGUCAGGAUCAAAGCACUCAAUCUGAUUCUCAGCUUUGGAGCUGGCCACCUGAUGAUCAUCUUUGGCCAUGGCACAGCUGAUGCUCAGCCUUGGCUGUGGCUCAGCUGA